CCUGCCCUUUCCGGAGCGACAGGGAGGGCUCGAAAGGGUCCUAGCAUCGGCUCAUUCCGCGAUUUGCCUGCAAUGGCCCAACCUAGUUUGACGAUCGACUCCGCUACGGACCUAGCAUCCAUGGCCGCUCGGCUCUACAUUCGCGAUACCGCACCCCGUGCGCCACCGGCUGCCUCGACCGCGACUGCACCGAUCGACAGUCAUGCGCGUCGUGCAACGGGCUUCAACGAGACAUGCACCAAGAAAGGGCACACGUCGAUGUCCAACGUCGCAUCCGAGGCCGUGGUAGGCUUCCCGGUGCCUCUGCGUGCGCGUGGACGAAGCCUCUCUUGCACUGCGGAAACGUCUGCUCGGCUGUACGCGCCGCCAUGCGUGGAAGAGAUGAACGCAUACCGUAUAACCGUGCACUCGCUGCGCGAGAAGCUUGCUGCCGCGGUAAUGCGUGUGGCCCGUCGCGACGCGACCAUCCGCCACCUCGAGAAGCGUCGUCGCCAACGUUCUCGCUCUGGGCACCGCACCCAGCAAGACGCAGCGGUUAGCAGCACCAUCAUGACGCACCUUCUCGCCCGCAUCGCGCACCUCGAGACCACGAACGCCAUGCUUCGCUCGGCGCUCGACGAUGCGCAAGCGACGGCCGACGCCUUGGCCACGCGCAAGUCGUCGACGCCACCCCACGACUACCAAUGGUACUAA